UAUUCUCCGUUUUCAAAGGAGAUAGCAUUAUUCAACUAAAAUUUACUUCAAUUGAGACGUGUUGGAGAGGUCUUCGCUGAGAAGGAGGUCGCAGAAGGUGAAAUAUCUAAACCCACCCUCCCGACGGAUCGAAAAUUACCUCAGUUUCAUGCAAAUUUGUGCAGUCACGUAUGGUUUUCUGAGAAAGCAGAGAGCAGUUUCCGGGUAGCUUUCUUAUAAGAAGGACUUCGCUCAAACUUCAAUUCAUUCAUUUAAAUCAACGUGUUUCCCAGCAGAAAACUGACGAUUUUUUAGACUAUUUCGCACGGUCCAACCUUGAAGCAAUUUGUACGUGUUCGCGGAGAUUUUAACGCGAAUCGACAGAUAGUAAACCAUGUCUGGUGAAGUCACCGAAACACCUGUCGCAAAAUAUGGCCAAAGUAGUGAAUUUGGCGUCGUUCUUGACUUUAUUCAAAGAAUGAUAAGUAACGACACUUUACGCCAAGCCUUCAACAUUCCACAUCUGGUCAUGGUCGGUCGGCAAAACAUGGCAAAAACCACUCUGAUAAACCGUCUGAUCGGGCGAUAUCUUCUCCCAAUGCGCCGCAAUGAAACCGCGAACACCUUACAGGCCCGCACUACAUAUCCCAUAAUACUCAACCUAAGAAACGGCAAGAGGAGCCUAGUGGAGGUUAAAUGCGAUAUACCGGGUAUUGGGGGGGCUGUGGAGAAUCCUGAGGAUGAUACCGUGGAGACAUUUCUUAACCAAGUCACAGCACAUUUACCGAAGGAAGAGGGAACUCCAAUUUCGAAAACCCCUGUUAAUGUUACUCUGCAAGGCCCCGAAUUCACGACUCUUACCUUGGUCGACCUUCCUGGCGCUCAUUUUGCCAAUGACGAUCCACGCAUGAACCUCGUCACUCAAAAUUUAGUUUUGGAAUACAUCGAGAAAAACACUAACAGCAUUAUUGUCAUAGUAUCUGAAGUAGGGGACCCCACAGGUGACAGUGCAAUAAACCUUGUCAUGCAAAAGGCCCCAGAUUUUAGGAGCCGCACAAUCUGUGCGCUUACCAAGCCAGAUAAGUUGAGAGAAUCCGAUGACAUGGGGAAAAGGGUGGCCAUGAAUGGAUCCAGCUUCACACUGGAUGAUAACCGAUUCAUUGUACUGCGAGGGAAAGAUGGCACAGAUCCAAAAGAGAAGGACUGGGACGCUGAAACGACUCGUGUUCAAGAAAAACUAUGGUUUGCGCGGCAUCCUCAGUACAAGGACAUUCAACAUGUCUGUGGAAUUGAUCGACUCAUGGACACCAUGAUCUCUUUACUGGCUGAAAAGAUGAUCACAGAAAUUCCUAUUCUGGUGACACAAAUGAGGAGGCGAAAAAAAGAGGUGGACGAUAUACUUGAGGAACUAGAGGACAGCGAGGUACCAGAAUCGAGCGAAGGCAAGGGUGGAGUGGCCAUGAAACUGAAAGAAAAUCUAAUAAGAGAGUUAAAUAAACUUCUUUUCAACAAUACUUCUAACACAGCUGGAGGGGAGCGUGUCAGGCAGCUGUUUAAUUCAUUUCACCAGGAAGUUUUCAGGGUGGAUCCUUUGGAGUUGCGUAAUGACGGUGAAAUACGAAGACAACAAAGAAAAUUGGAGGGCGUGGCUGCCCCUCUUGGAGACAGCAGUGAAAACAGUCAGCUGCUGCAGAGGCUUCUGUAUGAGAAGUAUACAGGAGUACAAGCCAAUGGUAAACCAAUCACGCUUCUGAGCCCAGUUGAUAGGUUGCUACCCCUGUCAGAGAAUCUUGUCAGAAAUGUCGAGGCAACUCUGCGAGAUAUCGUCCAAAAGGCCAUCGAACAAGCCUUGUCGAAGUUUCCAACACUCAAACAAGCAGUUGAAGCGAAAGUUGUCAGCAAGAUUUUUGACAAGAAACGCGAACAGACCACGGAAUUCAUCCGACAAUUCCUUGAAAUGCAGAAAAAGAGCACUGAUAUCGUUUUCGCCCCAAUCCCCACACCUCGAGAGAUCAGCGUCUGGGAAGGGUUUCCUCUGGUAGAUCGUAGUAAGCCUCAUCCAUGCAUGACGUCAAAGACGACAAGUCAUAUGAAGUACCUUGCGAAAAAUCUCUACCCUGAGAAGCUGCUUCAAGAGAUAGACGGUUCUGGGUCACACAGUCUCAUGUAUAAGGAACACGAUGAGAUAAAGAAUGUAAAAAAGAACGUGGUGCGAUGCUUCAACGUGCUUAAAAUGAAUGUGUGUGACACAGUCCCCCGCUGCAUCCUGCAUUUCUUCGUAUCACAGUUAGUGGAUGAUCUUGACCGCGCUUUGGAGAAAGAAAACUUGGUUGAGUUCUUGGAGGAAAGGAAGGACAUCCGGGACAAGCGCAUCCUGUGUAGGAAACAGUCCCUCGCUUUGGAGAAAGCGCUGCCACAUACACAAGACGUCCUGGAUAAACUACUGCGCAUGAAACAGGGAUCUCCCCAAAAGGACCGGAGAAUGUAGCUGAAUGGAAUGCUUUCAUUUCUUAGCCUUUUCAAGAAAUAAUUAUCUAGCUUAGGGUUUCUUUCAAUUUUCGCUGGGAAUUCGAAAUUAUCGUCAUACCCGGCUGCAAUCGGUAGAAUUUAAAAACUUAAUUGGUUAUAUACAUUUC